AUGGAUACCAGUAAAUACGGAAUAUCAGUUGGGAAAAACAAUGAAUCUGUUUCUGAUAAAGCAAUUCUCGAUUUGAAUGUAGUAAAAGUCGAACCACAAGAAGUUGUAACGUUUAGUGAGGCCGAUAGUGGUUCUAUUACUGAUCCAAACUCUAUGGAUCACGACGAUGAUACUGAUAAACAGAUAAAAAUUGAACGUGGUGAUGAAAUUGACCUUGUCAAUGAAGAUAUCAAAACGGAGAUCAUGGAUGAUGAUAAAGUGACCAACAAUAUUCAAGAUGACGACGUGACUCAAGAUGUCAAGUUGCUACCAGUUGCUGAUCCGUACUCUAUUGAUUACCACGAUGCUAUGGGCAAUACGAAUGACCCGAUAAAAAUUGAACGUGAUGAUGGAAUCAACCUUGUAUACAAAGAUAUCAAAACAGAGAUUGUAUAUGAGAAUAACGUGACCGACGAUAUUCGCAAUGACGACAUGAGUCGAAAUGUCAAUCAUACUGGGCAGAAACCAUUUCGAUGUAAAAUAUGUUCAAAGCUUUUCACUCAAAAAAGUAAUUUGAAGGUUCACGAACGAAGUCAUACAGGAGAAAAACCAUUUCAGUGUAAAAUAUGUUUGAAAUCUUUCACUCAUAAUGGUAGUUUGAAAGUUCACCAAAGGAUUCAUACAGGAGAAAAACCAUUUAUGUAUGGAAUUGACCUCAACUACGAAGAUAUCAAAACAGAGUUCGUGGAUGAGAAUACCGUGACCGACGACAUGACUCAAGAUGUCAAUUUGCUGCAAGUUGCUGAUCCGUUAUCUAUGGAUUACCACGAUGAUAUGGACAACAUUGAUGAACAGAUAAAAAUUGAACGUGGUGAUGAAAUCGACCUUGUCUACGAAAAUAUUAAAACAGAGAUUGUGGAUGCGGAUAACAUUACUGACUAUAUUCACAAUGACGACAUGACUCCAGAUGUUGAGUUGCUGAAAAGUGAUGUCUUCGACGUUCUGGAGCAGAGAAAAUGUGAAAUAUGUUUGACAUCUUUCGCAACUACUAGUAGUUUGAAAGUUCACGUAAGGAGUCAUUCUGGAGAAAAACCAUUUCAAUGUACGAUCUGUUCAAAGUCUUUCACUCGAAAUAUUCUGGAAGUUGAUUAG